GCCGAAGCGCCGCUGCAGUACAGCCUUCUUCUGCAGCACCUGGUGGGUGACAAGCGCCAGCCCAGGCCCUUGGAGCCCGGGAGCCUGGGCGGGAUCCCGAGUCCGACCAAGAGUGAGGAGCAGAAGAUGAUCGAGAAGGCGAUGGAAAGCUGCGCCUUCAAGGCAGCGCUGGCCUGCGUGGGAGGAUUUGUCUUGGGAGGUGCAUUUGGGGUGUUCACCGCCGGCAUUGAUACCAAUGUGGGCUUUGACCCCAAGGAUCCUUACCGGACUCCAACAGCAAAAGAAGUUCUUAAGGACAUGGGGCAGAGAGGAAUGUCCUACGCCAAAAAUUUUGCCAUUGUGGGCGCCAUGUUUUCUUGCACUGAGUGUUUGGUCGAAUCUUACCGGGGGAAGUCAGAUUGGAAGAACAGUGUCAUUAGUGGCUGCAUCACUGGAGGAGCCAUCGGUUUCAGAGCUGGCUUAAAUGCUGGGGUCAUUGGUUGUGGCGGUUUUGCUGCUUUCUCUGCUGCAAUCGAUUAUUAUCUACGGUGAGAGUGCCUGCCUCUGGGGACGGACACCACCACCCAGGACCAGAGCUGCUCUGUGGAGGGCAUUUCUGCACCACUCAGGGCCCUCGCUUCAGACCCUGAAGACAUUUGUUUCCUCUCAGACAGUCCGUGUUGUGAGGAGCCGCCCGGCCACUGGACGCCUCCAGCCUCGGAGCAGCCACACUCUCUGCUCCUGGACGCCAGCCUCUCUCUCUCCGGCAGAUUAGGAGUCAGUGUGUUGACUUGUAGAAGUUAAGCUCCACAGAGAUUCGGUGCUGACCACACUUGGCCCCCUGGCUGGUUGGUGCUGUGGGAACGGAGGUGACUUUACAGACCCAGGAAGCUGCUCGACCUCGGAACUCCAUGCCGUCAUCCCUCUCACGUAUCCGUCAGGGAGGGCAGGGUACAUGUAUGCCUGCUGACCAAUUGUGUCACUUUGUUUAGCCUUCUGCUAUCCUUGUUUAAAAAAUGUAUUUAUAUUACAGCUUAAA